AUGUUAACCUCUAUCCCAGCAGAAAUUUAUCAAAAUAUCUUUAAAGAUCUUGAUACAGAUUCAUUAUAUUCAGCUAUUCUGGUUAAUCGUAUAUGGUGUUCCAAUGCUAUUUCUAUUCUUUGGCAAAACCCAUUUGAAAUUCUGUAUCAAAAUGACGAUAGUGAAUAUUUUGAAACAGACGUGAAAUCAAUUAUAAAAACUUAUAUUUCUUGUCUUCCAAAAGAAUCUAAACUUAUGUUGUCUUUCCCUGAUUUGUGUAUUGACUUAUUAACAUCAUCAAUUCCAACUUUUAAUUACCCAUCAUUUUUACAUACAUUAAAUUAUGUUUUAUUAUCUGAUUCUGUGAAUAGAACCAUUAAAGAUAAUGCUAAUGUGAUGAUGGUCCUAAUUCUAUUAUGCAAAUUAUUUUUCGACCAAGGCUUUCACAUUAGAUCACUUGAAUUUAGCACUCAUAUGAUAAAAGAUUAUAUGGAUGAUGCACCACUUUAUUGUCUUUCCUCAAUAGCCGAAAUAGCAAAGGAAAUUCGUGUUUUAGAUAUUUUAUUGGAAUCUGAAAAUGAGAAUGAAUCUGGUAGUAAUGAGCUAUUUACGUUGAUAAAUGCUCAAGAUAAUUUACAACAGAUCACAAUGAUCUCUUUAAGAAAGACGACAAAAGCCAUUUCAGCACUUCGGUCAAAAUCUAAUACCCUCCGAAAGAUCUUUAUAAAAGGAAUUACUUCCUUUUCAUUGGAUUUCUUUAAUGAAUGUUCGAAUCUUGAAGAACUAUCUUUAUUAUAUAAUGAAUCGCAUCUACUUACGAAUCCUCAAAUUGCCAGACAACUUCGAACUGAAAUUCAAGGUUACAUACAAGCCGGAACUCUGGACCGUACUCAAAUGGUACCAUCUGUACAAAUGGUCUCUGCUAUCCGAAGGACGGUGGCAAACAUACAAGGAACAACGAUUCCUCGAAUUCAAGCCAUAACAAACGAGAAACAGCAAUUACAACAUUCUUCCGAAGUGAAUAUACAACCAUUUAAUCCUAAUUACUCAAAUCUAUCUAAACUUACUGUAUUCCAGAUCAACCUUGACAGUUUUCAAACUACAGAACAAGUAAUUGAUAUAAUUCAAUGUAAUAAGGGUGGUCUUCGUGAAUUACGUGUUCAAAAAACUGCUCCGAUAUCUGUAGAGCAUUUGAAGCAAUUAUUCUUAAUGGUUAUUAAUCAUUGUCCAAAUCUUAUUCAUAUUACGUUAUGUAUUCCAAACAUAGCAAUAUCAGAAAUUCCAAAUCUUUUUAAAAAAUGUUUAUCACUUGAAGAAGUUUAUUUGAGAGCAGUAAAAGCAAUGGAUAUUAGCGAAACUCUUGAUGAAAUGGGAUUUGAUGUUCCAAUUAAUCUAAAAUCCCUUAGUUUAGGGUUAUAUAGUUGGAAAUAUUCGCUUGAGGCUAUUAAGGGAUUUUUGAAUGGAUGUGAAUUGAGAGUAAAUAAGAAACCUAUUAGGUUUUUGUAUAGCAAUAAUUUGACUAAAGAUGUUAUUGGUGUACUCGAGAUGUAUGAGUCGAAGGGAAUAUUAGAGUUGGUUGAAAAGAAAUUAUGGUAUGCAUAA